AUCGUGGACUGAUCCCCAGGUAUAAAGCAAGGCAAAUAGUCGCUGUACAAUCAUUAGGACUCUCACUGGCUGUAUCCAUUGUAGUGAACUUGUUGUCCUGCCACAUACACAUACAUACAUUCGUCCAGUCAAUAAUUCUCUCGAACACUCUCUGAUCAUGUCGCUUGUUGAGCUGUUUGGAGAAACAUUACAUGGAGCGGGUGGGGCCGAAGUAGCGACAUCAACUCUCGCUGGAUCUGGCAGAUACGUAGGUCUCUAUUUUUCGGCUCACUGGUGCCCCCCUUGCCGAUCGUUCACUCCGAAGCUGGCCGAGUUUUACAAGGCUUUCGCGAAGAAAAAUGAAAGCAAGCUGGAGAUUGUCUUCGUGAGCUCAGAUCGGGACCAAGGAGAAUUUGAUGGUUACUUCAAAGACAUGACAUGGUUAAGCCUGCCCUUCUCUGAUCGAGAUAGAAAGGAGAAGCUGGGUGAGAUGUUUAGCGUGAAAGGAAUCCCGACCUUCAUCAUCCUCGAUAGCGAGACCGGAGCUAUCGUCUGCUCGGAGGCAAGAGACGAAGUCAUGGACGAUCCCGAGGGAGAAGAUUUCCCCUGGAAGAAGAUAAUGGCGCUUAUUGAGUUGCUUGGAGAAAAAUUACAAGGGGCCGGUGGAGCCGAAGUAGAGACAUCAAGUCUCUGUGGAUCUGGCAGAUACGUAGGCCUCUAUUUUUCGGCUCACUGGUGCCCCCCUUGCCGAAAGUUCACACCGAAGCUGGCCGAGUUUUACGAGGCUUUCACGAAGAAAAAUGAAGGCAAGCUGGAGAUUGUCUUCGUGAGUGCGGAUGGGAAACUAGAGGAGUUUGAUGAUUACUUCAAAGAAAUGCCAUGGUUAAGCCUGCCCUAUGCUGACCGUGAUAGAGAGGGAAAGCUGAGCACGAAGUUUGAGGUGCAAGGAAUCCCGACCUUUAUCAUCCUCGAUAGCGAGACCGGCGAUGUCAUCUGCUCGGAGGCAAGGGACGAAGUCAUGGGUGACCCCGAGGGAGCAAAUUUCCCCUGGAAGAAGUAGACUCACUCUCGACUCUAACUACAAUCGGGAAAAAUGAAAAUUGGAACAAAUUUUAUCACCACAAAAUUAAUGUCACGAAUUUCGUGUUCUUUGAUCUUGGACGUAUAUAAUUGGAUUAUUCAAUGUAGUCGAUAACUGUCUUGUAUGAGAUAAAAUACGACGGACUUAUACUCUUUUAUUGACAGGCUGCAUGCAAAAUCUAGCUUUACACGCACCACAGUAAAAUUCUAAUUUUAAAACCAAAAUUUGAUAUAACGGAGCAAAAUCCUGCUACAUUUGAAUUUUGGGGGAUAAUACCCCUGCUUUUCUCUUUCUCAUUAAGAGCAUAUCAAUUAUCUCAUUUGAAAUCGAUUAGAGACAAGUAGAUGGCAGGGGGUCCUUUAUUGAAAUUAAUUCCCAACAUGAUCUCAAAGACUUUCGAGAAUCAACCUAUUUCAGUAAGGCAAAUUUUGCCCACGACGAAUUGAUAUGUGCGGACAUUGUGGCCUGUAAUGAAGUAUGACGUAAUCAUGACAUGAUUUCUAUGGAAUAUACAACAUGAUAUUGAGCUAAUUGAGCUAAGAGUCUUUGCGAUUGCGCGUUACCUGUACUGGAGUGUAUUAAUCUACCAAGAAGCUUUCCAUAGGACACACGUUAUAUGAUUUGAUGGAAUAGACUAAAAGGUAUGCAUUAUGAUAAACGUUCCACACGGCCUCGAAUGCUUUCCAGAAAUCAAUUCAAUGGCAAUUAAUAUCAUAUUAUUGUACAUAUCCCAAAGAAAUCAUGUUCGUAUCAGAAAAUACGCCACGGUCAUGUUCACUCAUUGUGUGCGAUUGAAGGGGCUUUUGAAAUGACUUGCAUUAAAUUUUGCUUGGUUUUUACAGUCUAUUAUUAUUUUGAGGCCUAGUCUUAUAUACUGGCCUAUAUAGUCCGCUCAUUUUAUUUGCUCACCACUCCUCUAAUCAAACAUGUAUGGCCUAUACAUGAACAUGUACAUCUAGCAAAGACCCAGAGAAAAAUGUAACCAAUGAUUAUGAUGAUUAUAAUUUUUCUUAUUCAUCAAUGUAGCUCAUUAGUGUUCUGUACUAUAGUGAUUAUUCUGUUGCCGGAUAAGGAAGCAAGUUUUAUUCGAUAUCCGGCAUGAAGUGUAGGCUUAUUAGGUAAUAAGGCAAUCCUUUCAUGUAUACUAUGGUUGAGUGAUUACUAUGGGAACUAACUUUUAAGUGGAUACAUUUUGUUUGUAUAUUGCUUGCUGAAUUUUUGUACAAAUAAAUAUUGCCAUAAUAUUACAUUAAAGCAGU